AUGACCAUUUGGCACGCAAGUACAGACACGCCAACCCCGGCCAGAAAGGUCUCACCGAGGCCAAGCAAUUUGACCUACUUGUCAUCCGGCCUCGUGGUGAGUUUAUGUCGAAGAGACCUCAUCUUGGCCUUGGUCUCGGCUGGAUGCAGCCAUUUGGCCAUAUCCAUUUUCCAGUACCUCGAUUCAGCCUCACUUCUAGCUUGCUCGCUAGUAUGCGUCGAUUGGCAGCGAUUGCUUUUAGCCUCGAUUUACACGACCUCCAAGUUCAGGAGAAAAGUACGACAGGCCAUUUUUGAAGGCAGGCCCAUUCAAUCGGAAUUGACCCUUUCUCUGGAUAUGACCCGAGCUGCUGUGGUGGAUGUGGCAUUGGAUGAUGACUUCAACAUAUUUGCUUUGGCAGUCCUCGGAGGAAGACCCCAUGUGAUGUCAUGCUCGCUUUUUGGUUUGGGCAAGAAACGUUGGAUCCACAGGUUCUCAGAGCAUUUCGAGUUGGCCAGCCUUAGCUGCAUCGCUGCAGGCCAGUCUUUGGUGGCUCUGGGGUCAAAGGACGGCAAGAUUAGGCUUUACGAAUCCAACCACCAAUUGCGAAACCUGAAACUGAUAGCCGUGCUAGCUUACCACAAAGGUGCCGUGCAUAGCAUCAAAUUCUCGGACACCAAUUACAUCGUCUCUUGCUCGGAUGAUAUGACCUUGGGCAUCGUCUCAAUCCCAGCCAAUGGCUCUCUGAUUCUCUCCAAACGCCUCCAUGGGCACGUGUCCAGAGUUCGGUCCAUUGAUGUACAAAAUGGAAAGGUCAUAUCUGGUUCCGACGACAGAUCCGUCAAACUAUGGUCCCUCAAGGAGAGCUCCAAAGCGAAGGGCUCCUUGGCCUCCGAGAAGCCUUUGACCACGAUGACGGGUCACUCUGGACCCGUGACAGGCGUUCAAUUGUCCCUUCCCUUUGCCUUGAGUGUGGCUGGAUCCACGGUUCGGUUAUGGAAUGUGUUGCAAGGCACAUGUUUGAAGCUGUUACAACAUGAUGAAGAUAGCCCGGUGACGACGAUGACUUGGAUAUCCACCUUCAAGGGAAUAGCCACCGUGGACACCCGAGGAAAGCUGCGAUGCUUUGAUCUCUUCGACUUGGAAACUUCAAAACAAGAGAUAAUUUGUGCUAGUGCCAUCACGGACAUGCAUCAACACGAUAAUGCUGUUCAACACUACUCUCCCAAACAAAAUUCCAAGUUCUAUGGCUCCAGAGAUCCGCGCGUGUUAUCACCCUGGCCCGAAAAUGCCAUCUUCAAAUUGGAAUCAAUUCCUCAUCAUUUUGCGGCAUUUUCUUUGAGUAACGUACCACUGCCCACGAUUACAGUGCACUGCCUUGAUUAUAUUCAUUGA